AUGCUUCAGCGCAGAAAAGUAGGAUGUUGAUGUUGUGUCUGCUCUUGUGUCAAGCUCAUUUGUCACUUAUAUUUUAAAAGAAGCGUAGGAAGACCUUUUCAGAGGAUUUCUCGGCAACGCACGGCAGGAGGGGGGCUCAGCCCACCCAGUCUGUCAGCCAGUCGUGUUGUGCUGCCGCCGCCGCUGCUGUUGCUGCUGCUGCUAGUUGUUGUUCAGUAGCUGGUGCGCAAACGGAAAGCUGCGUUUUAAUGCUAAGUGGCGGAUGUAAAGCGACGUGUUGCGACCUUCUCGGAAACGGCAACUCUUUAAAGGUUUUGUUGGAAGAGUGGACGGGAUAGCGUGGGGGGAAAAAACACCACCAGCAGAGCUCGGAUAAAAAAGGAGUGUUGCCUUCUCUUACGGGAACUCAGUUGCUGUCUCUUUUCAGCUGAGGUCGUCUCUCGACUGGAGCGGGGAAACAUCGGUGAUAUCUGAGAUAAUUCCCUUCAGUGGAGCUGCGAGGGUUAACCAGUCGGAUGAGGGUUACCUUUUGAUAUAAAAAGGUUUUUUUUGUUCUGACGCCUGCGACAAGGAGAGGUAGUUGAGACACACAAACCUACGUUACGGCACUUUGGAGAAACAUGUGAUGGCUCACACAAGGCAGACAGCUUCCCUCGGGCAGAACCACACUAUUUCUGACUGGUGGGAUACCAGCCAUACCUGGCUUCAUGGUGGCACUAUGGGCGGUGACUGGCCUGAGCGUACAUUACGUUUUGGCAGGACAAAGAAGAUUAGUGGGAUCAUAAGACAAAGGAAAGACCAGAACGUCAAGAGGAUAAAUGAGAAGAGGGAAGGAAGAAGAUUAGAUGAGAGCAGGAAGUUUGACAAAAGGCGAGAAAAGAAACGAGUCCGAAAGUUGUACCCUCUGCGUGGUCGGACUGGAAAUUCAGAGGAGGAGGGGCUAAGUUGCCAUGUUCUCCUUACUCGUUUGGAAGAAAGCUCACGUGAAAAGGUCAGGUCUAAACGUAAAGAAGGAAAACACAGGCACAAAACCAAAUCCAAAAUGGGCAAAACCAGAGCCGGAUUAAAGGCAAAGUCAUCACCAAAAAAUAAACUAAAAUCAAAACAUAAAAGUUUAGCUGACUAUCCUGAGCUCAAAGACUUACAACCACGCAAGCGCAGACUGGCAUCUCUCAAUGCUGAGGCGGUGAAUAGUUUACUGCUUGAAAGAGCCACUGAUGCCCAACCAGCAGCCAAACAGGCCAGAAGGCAGAAGGAAUCUCUGGAUGGAGCAGUUUCUCUGGAUCCAGCCAGAAGUCUAAAAGCUUCACGAGGGAACAUUACUAAAGUCUCUACACCCAACAAGGUUGAGCAGUGCCAAAGUCCUAAGCUGAAGAAGAAGGCUAAAGCUAGUCGAGGUGAUGAAACUGUUUGGAUGAGUCAGGAAUGUUUAGAUGCACCUACACCAAGACGACUAGCUGGACUCAACGCUGCAGCCCUGCUGAAGUUAACAAGCUCCUCUGCCACCAGUAAACAGAGAGUAAAGGCCAUACCGACAGCAACGGUCACAGCCAACUCCAUGGCUCCUACUGAAGCCUCGACCCCAAAGCAGCACCACAGCGUCAAACCCCAAAACAAGCGCCACAAGCAGAAAGGCAAAAAGCUCCCGCCCCUGCUCAGUGGCUGCACAGCCUGCAAGAAGAAAGCAGACUUUGAGCCCAAGGUGGAGUGGGAGACGGGUAACUGCACCCAACGCCUGACCAAACCAGGUUAUCAGUCUCGUAGCAUGUUAGGAUACCCACUAAAGCAGGUGAAGGAAGAGCAGUUGGAGACCGAAUUUAGCCCAUACUACUGCUGUCCCCCAGAGGGGUCUGUGGAGUACUGCCACCGCUUGGCCUGCUUCCUUGGCCAGCAGCCCUACGGGGACUCAGAUGACCAGUCACUAAACUCAGCCAUGACCCCCGUGAAGCCAGAGUGCCUAGUAACCCCAUCAUCUCUCACACAUUCCCACCCACACAGAGCACUUACCCUUACCCCCCACCCAUGCCUCUGCACUGCUGACCACUGCUUCCCCAGCUACUACGUUCACAUCACCCACCCAACACACACUGGACAGACAUCAGGAGCCCUGGCCACACGGCCUCUCAACUUUAGCUCCACGAGUUUGUGCCCCAGUCAUAUUACUGGAUCCAAGCUUCUAGGAGGUCAGGUGUCGCACCCAUCGAGUUUAGGCCAUCCCGCGUACUGCAACUCUGUGGCUUCCCCCUGUUAUAGCGAUGCCUGCGGGAUCAGUGGCUACAGCUACAGCGCACUGCCUGCAGUAACGGGCAGGGGUUGUUCUUUCAGUGCAGGCUGUACCAGAUGCACACACAGCAUUAAGACAGAGGCUUACACAACCCCACAGAGUGACCACAGUCCUUCCCUUCUGGUUCCCCCCACCAUGCCAAUUUCCCAAUGUCCACUAUCCAGCGUGCCCACUUCAACACAGACUAAAGCUCACCUUUUGACCCCCCUGUCUGGCCGAGAUCAGCCCCAGGCCAGGUUAAAGCUAGUUAAGGAAUGCCCUCAGAGCACAAAGGCCUCCAACGGCUCCUCCAUGGGCCACACACGGCUCCUAGCGAAACAGGCGUCCCCAGUGCCGAUCCUUGGCACCAGCAAACAGAAGAAGAUCAGCCGUAGACGUGCCACAAAUGGCUGGCGGCCUGUUGGCAUCCCCACAGAGAGGGAGGUCUUUAUUGCGGGAGAAGAUGAGGCGGCAAUGCGGAGGUGUUACGAGGGAGUGGAAAGGGACGGCGAAGUGAUACGUGUCAGAGACACUGUACUACUACGAUCUGGUCCAAGGAAGAAAUCCCUACCAUAUGUUGCCAAGAUAUCAGCGUUGUGGGAGGACCCUAAAACAGGAGAGCUGAUGAUGAGCCUUUUUUGGUACUACAGGCCUGAGCACACCCAGGGAGGCCGAGAUCCCGGAGCACACAGUGAGAAUGAGAUUUUCGCCUCUCGGCAUCAGGAUGAAAAUAGUGUGGCCUGCAUAGAAGACAGAUGCUAUGUUCUCCCUCUAGCCCAGUACUGUCGAUUUUGUGCCUUGGUGAAGCAGCGCGCCGAAGGCGCCCCACCUGGCAGGGCCAGCAUGGUGCCCUUCCGCCCUGACUUCGCCCCUCCCUCCCACCGCUGCGUGCCCACAGACGUCGACCCUGAGCUGGUGUACCUCUGCCGGCACGUCUACGACUUUCGAUAUGGACGCAUCUUGAAGAACUUGCAGUAGAGCAGGAGCCCCCUGCACCUUUGAAUCGGUCGUCAAAAUUGUCCACCCUCCUGCACAGUGGACGGGCAGCUGAAGGACUGAAGAGCCCUCACAACCAGAAAAGUGUGUGGAUGGGGCUUGGCAUGUACACAUUAUGAAGCACAGAUCCCUUUAGUUAAAUACCAAGAAGUUAGAAUGUUGUAGGGAAUCUCAGCUCAGUCAGAGCACCGAUCAUUCCUGGUGUGGAAAACUAAACUCAAUCCAUCCACUCAGAUUUUUCUUAGCUUAGCUCUUGUUGGUUUUAUAGAAUCUUGACUCCCCCUCCUCAACCCCACCAUGCCUUUACUGCCAGCAAGGCUGAGCACCAGGUCGAGAGGGGCUCCAGUCAGAACCGUGUUUCCCCUAAAGCACCUUAGCUCAACAAUCAUGUUUGUUCCAUUUGAGAGCCGCUGGCACAGGGACAGUCCGGCGCUGCGCUCAGGUGCUGCCAGGGAAACACAAGCCUAGCCCUGUCAGCUCUGUGUUAACGCCUCUCGACAAGCAUGGAUGAAGGAGCAGCUAAUGGAGAGUGUCAUCCUUUUUCCCCCGAUUUGACUCUGCACAUUGUGUGUGUGUGUGUGUGUGUGUGUGUGUGUGUGUGUGUGUGUGGUGUAUAUGUUCGGUGUUGGCACUGGGGUUAUAUAUAGUGACAUUUGGGAGGCUUUCAGGUAAUCAAACCAAUCAAGCAGCUUUAGGUGAAGUGGAUCUUUUUUUUCCCCCUGAAGUUGAGUUAAAUGAUUUAACUUUAAGCAAAUUUGAAAGUACAUUACCGAUUUCAUAUUGGGCUCAAGGAUGAAGAUGACCAUAUAUUGUUUAUAAUAUAUGACAUGUAUGAUUAUCACUUAUAUGGUGAGACAGAAGCAGCUAUUCGUAUCACAUCUGAGUUGAAAGCUGUAAAACAAGGAUAUCUGUAGUCCCAAAAAGUGGGAAUUUAUUUGUUGAUUGACUGGAGAAGUUACUGACAAGUGCGUUGUUAACAGGGAGACUACGCUGAUGUCAGGUUGCACAUAAUGUCUAAUGUUUAGACUUUAUGCACUUAACAUAACAGUCCAGAAAACAAAAACAGUGCCUUGCUAAAGUAUUCAUUCACCUUAAGCUCUUUUACAUUUUGCCACAUUACGACCAAUGAUUUUAGUGUAUUUUAAGAAGUAGUUUUGAAUUUAGUUUUUACUAAUUAAAACUGGAUAAAAACAAUGUAGCAUGCAUUUGUAUUUAGCCCUCCUUAUUCAGUGUUUUGCAUAACCACCGAUAUCAUCAUGCUUCCACCAUCAUGUUCCACAGUGAGCGUGGUGUGUUCAGGGUUACCUGCAGUGUUAGUUUUCCCCAAAGCAAAGUGUUUUGCACACAAGCUAAACGUUUUAUUUUUAAACUGAUCUGGCCUGCACUUUCUCCCAUGUUUGCUAUGUCGCCGUCAUGGCUUGUGAGCAAACUGCAAAUUGGACUUCUUUCAAUAACGGCUUUGUUUUAGUCACUUUUCCAUCAAGGCCAGAUUUGUGGAGUACUUAGCUUAUAGUUCAGUUAGGUGACCUAUAAAGGCUAUGUGUGUACCAGAGCAAAGGGAGGUGAAUAAAAAUGCACAUUAAACUUUACAAAUUUUUCCAAAUAAAUUUAUUAAAUUGUUUUUCUUCUAAUUUGACAUUACUGUGUGUUUUUCUAUCACUAAACUCCCAGUAAAGCACAGUUUGUGGCUGUAAUGUGACCAAACAUAAAAAAGCUCAAGAGCUGGGAAUACUUUUGCAAACUACUGUCUUUCCAGUCCAUUUCCAGUCUCCAGUUUAACACGUUAACGUAUCUCUCGCCCACUAAGUCUGUUCAGCCCAUUCUGAUUCUUAAUUAGUUUUCUCACGCCCUCCCAGCCCUCUGCAGCCCAGCCGAGAUGAACCAAAAAAUGUGGCACAAGUUUGAAAUUCCCCAUCUCCUCCCUCAUGCCUCUCCUCCUCAUCAGCACUUGUUCCCAUGUUUUGUUUCACUACAGCAUUCCCACAAUAACACCUAACCACCUCUUCAUUUUGUAUUGGAGCUGCUAAAGGAGUGGCAGGAUGUGAAUGGUGAGGCCUACCGUACUGCCUUUAUUUUAAUGUUUUUGUCUUUUUAGAAGGAGACAUUACGGAUGUAACGGCUGCGUAUGUUUGUCGGUUUUUAUGACCAGAGAGGAGUCAACCAACAUGUUUGUCAUGUUACUUGAUGCUCUUCUAACUGAAUGAAAUCAGUAUAGCUCUGGAGUCAUUCCUUUUAACUCAGCUCUCACAUAUAGUCCUAUAAAUACUCGGUAUAUUUAUGUAUGUAUUCACACUGUUAAUGUGACUAGAUGUGCAGAAGGCUUCAGGAGACAGUCCUGACUUGCUUUGCAGGCAAAUGUAGCACUGUGAUAGAUGUGUGUUUAGAUUGAAAGGGUGGGGUGGGGGAUAUUAUGGGUUAGGGGUAGGGUGUUCCACACUUUUUGCUGAUUGCAAACCAUGCGCUCUUCCAUUGUCUUCAAACCUGCAACUGUUUUCCCGUCAGUGUUCGUUCAAGUACCCGAUUGCUUUCCUGCACAGCUGUGAAAGGUCCCCCACACUCUGGAGCCAUCUUUAACUUCCCCUUCUAUAUAAACUUCAUGAAUCCUGACUCAAACUAAAUCAAACCCCAAAUCCCCUGGAUUGUUCAAAGUUUUCCCCUACUUUUACAAUUUCUCCUCAAGAAUAUUUUAUUAUGUCAAUUUACUAAGAUGGCACAUGCAAUAUAUUUUUAGACUUACUAUUUUUGAAGAAUGAACUUAACAAAUCUUGAAAAAAAAUAUGUAUUUCUUUUUUUUCAGUUGAUAUCAGGUUGGUUUUUAGUCGAUGUUUAACAAAGAGAAAUAAGGGAGCCGAUGCCAUCUCAUGAGCUAGCUAGGAGCUCCGUUCCAGACGACCUCUAAUAAGGAGGACAUAUCUGAAGCACAGGGCACUCUUUAAACAAGCAGACAGCCAAUGCACAGUGUAGUAUUUUUUUUUUUUCCUUGCAAAAUCUGUAAUAAUUAUAUUUAAAGUAAGAAACGAAUAUUUAAAUGGAGAAAACAAUUGAAUAUAUUAAGAUGUCAGUUUUAAGUUAUUUGGGACUAAUUUUAUAUAUCCUGCUUAUUUGUGCUUCAGGAUUGAAAUAAUUUGUUUAUUUGUAACCUUAGUAAACUUAGUGAGGUUGAUAGCAGAAAUGUGUAGUUUAGCUUUGUUGAGGCCAAGAGCUCUAAAUUUGGUCAAAUAACAGUCUGAGUGGCUGAACAGAAACCGGACCGAUCGUAAAGGGAUAGAAAGUGUUUUUAUGUGAGGUUCAGUUGAAAUCUUACCAGCACUAGAUGAUUCUCUUGGUGUCGUCAUUUACUAUGAACGUAGAUUAGCUGGUCCGGGAAGCUAGUCAGAGAAGAGGGGUCAAGACCAAAGAGGACAAUCUCCAAAGUUUCAUACAGUUUAUGAAACGUUAAAAUGUAGUCAUGUUUGCACUGGGUGAAUAUCUACACUGAAGCCAGUGAUUAUUUAAUCCCAAAAGGUGAUGGUAUGUUAGUUCUGAUGAAACACGUACUGAAAAUCAUUCGGAGGGCCACAAGUGGCCUGUGGGCUGCACUUUUGGAUACCCCUAGUUUAAACUCACAGCAGUAGGAUAUCUGUCUGCUACAUGUAUAGGAACUAUUAGUGACAAUAACUUUACAUGACCUUACUUUAAAAAAUCCAACUACCACUUUGGAAAAGAAGACCAAAAUUGUAGAAAAUUACGAGCCCACAAAAAUACAAACCUGUAUGGGUUUCUUUUAAGAUGGCUUUGGAUCCAUAGAUAUUACACAUCAGACUAUUGUUUCAUUAAGAAAUUGCAUGUUUGCUUUAUUUUUAAACUAGUGAAAAUCAAAAUUUAUCGUAGAAUUGCUGCUUUUAACAUUUCUGGUUUUAUAGAAAAGUCAUUCAAAAGACAAAAGUCAAUAUUAUAGUGUUUGCAUAAAUGGGUUACACAUUUUUGUUCAGUAGAAGUCUCCUUUGGUCUUGGUCUGUCUCUGACUACCAGCUAAUGUGUGUGAAGAGGAAGAUCAUAACUACUGCGGGUAAGAAACUGACUGUUUAUGACCUUUAACCUUUAUUACAUAGUUCUGAACUAUCUCUUUAGGUUUGUAGUUUGGGAGAAUGGCAGCAUGGUCACCUGAGUUUUCACCGAUGAGCUGAAGACUGAAAGAGAAAUCAGAAGCGGGAGAAGAGGAACAGCACAUUCCCCACAGAUCCUGAACUGAGAACAUGUUCCUCCUCCUCAGAUUAAACCCUGCAGGACAAACGAUCAGGUGUGAGUUAUGAAAGAGGGAAAGCAAUAUUUAGGUUUUGACAGUAAUUUCUGAAAAAGAAAUUGGCCUGAAUCACCACUAAGAGCCUCUCUUUCUGCCUUGUUCAGGUUAAUGUGCAGAUCCUGUCACACCAACAUCACUUACAGUGAAGCUUCAGAAGCUUCUUCUCUUGCAUCCCCAUCUUAGAUGCAAAAACUUGCUAGAAAAGCAGCCAAGGAAAGCUCAGCCACCCAUGGGUUAUCCUCCCAAGUGCUGGCCAGCCUUGCAAAAUGCAUGGACUUAGAUAGCCUACUGUCAUUUAGUAACUAAAUUAACCACAGGCUCUUGCAUGGAGACAGUUAUAUCCUUAAUUUCCAUGCAACAAGGCUUGGCAAGCACUCAGGAAUAAGAAGUUUAGCAAACUAUGAUGUGAAACAAUGACUAACCUUCGCUGACGUGUGUUUGAGUGUGUGUGUGUGUGUGUGUUCACUCCAUUAGACAAAAGCACCCGACCAACCUGUGAGAUUCUGCUUUCUCUGUGGCCUGUAUUGAUGCUUAUUGUUGGCAUAUAUUUUGAUAUAUUUGGAAAAAUGUUGGAUAUACAGUUUAGAUAUUUUUGGAGUAGAGAGAGUUACGUGUAUCAGAUUACUGUCACUUUGUCAUGCUCUCUGAAGAUCUCUUGAAUUUUUUUAUUUUAUUUUAUUUGAAAGACUAUAUCAUCCCAACUGAUUUAAUGUAAUGUUGAGAGAAUAUUUAUAAAAUUUAAGUCCUUUGUGAAAA